UUUUUAAGCACAGUCAUUCAAUUAUCCUAAAACGGCAGAAUUGAAAACUUGCUAGAUCCAGCUUCGCUUCUAUAUCCCCAGACCCCAGCUUACUGCUUAUUACGGAGUAUAUAACGCACUCUAUUCCUACUUUAAUCCCUGCGGCGUAUUUCUUCCGGAUAUCUUCUGAGUCUUCUCCUCCUAUCUCCUCGUUGACGUGGGUGUAAGUUGAAUGUACAGAUAUGAAGAAGUGAAACAAUUUUAUCUAACCUGCGGCGCUUGCCGUAGCACAUCAGAGGACUUUAGUCGUGAUGAAUCGUACUAAAAUAACCAAAUUAACUACUUUGGUACCGCCAACAGAGAAUAAACCCCUCUCAUACCCACCAUCUCCAAGUCAUCUACCCUCUGCUUUACAACAGUACAUCAAUUCAGACCACCCUUCACACGGCCAAAAGGUCCAUUCCCACAUCCUAAAAACUGGUGUCAAACCCAAUAUCAAUAUCUCCAUCAAGCUCCUGAUUCUUCACAUCAAAUCAUCCUCCAUCACUUAUGCUCGCCAGGUGUUUGAUGAAUUGCCCCAACUAACACUCUCGGCUUAUAACUACAUGCUUUCUGGGUACAUAAGGAAUGGACUAGUCCAAGAAUCUUAUGAUUUAGUUAGAAAACAGAGUUUUUCUGGUGAAAAAGCUGAUGGGUUCACAUUUUCGAUGAUCUUGAAAGGGUCAACUUGUUUGGAUGUAGCAGGAUUGCAAGGUUGCUUGGUACCGACACAGGUUCACACUCAGAUUUUAAGGUCUGGGGUUGAAGGUGAUAGUGUGCUUUAUACAGUGUUGGUCGACGCGUACGUCAAGAACAGAAGGCUACAUUAUGCCCGCAGAGUGUUUGAUUUGAUGCGGGAAGACAACUUUGUUUGCUCUACCUCAAUGAUUACCGGUUAUAUGAAUCAAGGAAACAUGGAUGAUGCAGAAGAUGUGUUCAAGAAAACGCUCACAAAAGAUGAGGUUGUUUUCAAUGCAAUGAUUGAAGGCUAUAGCAAAUCCAUCAAAACCGCCAAAAAAGCAAUUGAGUUUUACAUCCACAUGAAAAGAUUGGGAUUUAACCCCACAGUUUCCACAUAUGCAAGCCUGACUGGGGCUUGCUCUGCUCUAGUUGCGUUUGAAGUCGGCCAGCAAGUCCAAGGGCAAGUAGUUAAGACUAACUUCUUUCAACACGUAAAGAUCGGGAGUGCUUUGAUUGACAUGUUUUCAAAAUGCGGACAAACCGAGGCAGCAAGAAGUGUUUUUGACCACAUGCCCGAAACAAAUGUUUUUUCUUGGACUUCAAUGAUUGAUGGGUAUGGGAAGAACGGGUAUCCGAACGAAGCUCUUGUUCUGUUUGAUGAAAUGCUCAUAAGCCAUCAUCUGAAACCUAACUACGUUACAUUCCUAAGUGCUCUCUCAGCAUGUGCGCAUUCCGGGCUAGUAGCCAAAGGGAAGUCCAUCUUUUCAAGGAUGUCAAAGGACUAUUCGAUGAAGCCAAGAAUGGAGCACUAUGCAUGCAUGGUUGAUUUGUUGGGCCGGGCUGGAAGUCUAAACCAGGCUUUGCAGUUUAUCAUAGAUAUGCCCGAGAAGCCCAACUCUGAUGUUUGGGCUGCAUUGCUUAGCUCUGGAAGACUACACGGAGACGUGGAGAUCACUAACUUAGCUGCUAACGAACUGUUCAAUUUAAGCGGGGAUGGUCGGCCCGGCGCAUAUGUUGCUCUAUCAAAUACUUUUGCGGAGGCAGGAAAAUGGGAUGGUGUUGAUGAGGUUAGAGCGUUGAUGAAGUCACGUGGGAUAUCCAAAGGUGCAGGGUUCAGUUGGGUUGGGAGAGAUGGAAGCUUUCAUGAUGGGAAACAGACUUAAUUAAGGGUUUGUCUCCAACCUUGUGCGGUUGGAUGGUGGUGGCAGCGGCUGUGCGGCAGGGGAUGUGCUACUGGACGGCGACAAUGAUGGGGCAGUGUGGUUCAUAUGCUCGCAGACCCUAAUUUCAUUAAAUAGAAAAAGCCCAUAAGCUCUAUCUCAAGAAGCAAGUGAGCGGGUGCGCGGGUCGACAGGGGCGGAGCCAGGACACUGGGCCGGAUUGGGCUGGCAAAUUUGAAGAAGAAAAAUUUCGCUGUUACUCAUGGACAAAGACGGAGUUGAAGCCAUCUCACUUCACAUACCUAUUAUUGGUCGACAUCAAGGGCCAACUCAAGGGCAUAGAUGCCAUGGAAAAAAUUAUACAGACGAUGAAAAGCCAUUGAUUCGAACCUUAUGUCUACAUAAAAGGAUCAAUGGACAUACACUACAUUGCUGGUGGUCACAAUGAAAAAGCCGAGGCUGUAAUGAAGGGGAUGGAAGGAGGGAAUGAGAAGGAUAGCUGAUUGGUGCGCACAUUGCUGCUUCCUCUCUAUACUUCCCUUGGCAAGGCAGAGGAAGUUAGCAGAAUCUGGGAAGCUUGCGAUUCCUGCUUGGGAACUUUGAAGAAAAACGAAGAGGCAGAAGAUCUCAUUUCGACAGCUUACCAUGUUUUAUUAAGUGUGUAUGCAAAACUCAAGAUGUUGAAGAAAGGGAAUUGAAUGAGCUUGUAAAGAGGAUGGGACAAAACCAUUGCCCGGUGGGGCCAUUCACUUGGGAUGCACUUGUUAAGCUUUAUUGUAAUGCUGCAGAAGUGGAAAAGGCUGACUCUAUACUGAAAAAUGCAGCCACAAAGCGUCAGAAAAUGCCACUGUACAGAUCCUAUGCCACCAUCAUGGAGAAAUAUGCAGCAAAAGGCGACGUACACAACUGUGAGAAGAUGUUAUACAGAAUGAGGCAGGUGGGGUACACAUCCCGGCUUAAACAAUUCCAAACACUUCUUCAGGCAUAUAUAAAUGCCAAAGUUCCUGCUUAUGGAAUGAGUGAGAUAAUGAAGGCUGAUAAGUGAUAUUGUGAUAACAUAUUUCCGAACAGAAAAUUGGCUAGCAUGUUGGCUCAGGUUGAUGGAUUCAGACAUACGGAAUUGUCGGAGAUACUGGAUCGAUCAGCUUCUGGUACUGGGUAGUUUAUAACUGAACUGCAGAAUUUGGUCUGCUUAUUAUGAUUUUGUAGUCCUUCGUCUACUUGUGAUGUUGAAUGUGUUUUCUUGUUAUGUUUCACUUGAACAACCUGAUCGGCGUUGUGGUUCAUUUUAAAUAAAUUUAAACUAUCGCCUAGGUUUUGACAAUGUUAGGAUAAAUAAUACCAAAA